CUCCAAAACAAAAAGUAAAAUAAAAAUAAGCUAAAACAGUAUUAAAAUCAAAAGCAAAGAAGAUUCCACUGCGUUUUCAAUUGAUGUACGCGGCUUUAAUGUUCACAUACUUUGUCUCAUGUUUUUCUAUUAAAUAAGAAGGAUUAUAAAGGAAGCUCUCACUCUCUCACCUUGACCGACCUUGAUAACUAGACCAUAUAGAGACCAAAACUAAGAAGAGCACAUAAGUCGAGCAUGGGGAACUGUUUAUUCGGAGGGUUGGGCGACGAGCAAGACUUAUCGAUCAAAGUCAUAAAAUCCGACGGAGGAGUUCUCGAGUACUACUCCCCCGUCACCGCAGGCUCCGUGUACCUCGAAUUCUCAGGCCAUGCUAUUUUCUCGGCCCUUGAUAUCCUCUGGAAACCCUUGCCUCACCACCACCACCUCGUCCCCGGUCAGUCAUACUAUCUCUUGCCCAAUAUUGUCUCCGAUGACGAGUUAAAGACUUUUGUCGGAAACUGCCACGUAAGAUCCAACAGCGAGUCCUUGCCUGCGAUAACUCCGUACAGAAUGUCUCUGGAUUACAACCACAGGGUGUUGAAGAGAUCAUACACAGACGUAUUUUCAAGAAACAUCGACACGAGGACCCGACAAAAGGAGAAAAGGACGAAGAGGAAGCGUACGAGCAACAAAGGUGGAAUAUGGAAAGCGAAGCUGGUCAUAAACACGGAAGAGCUGUUGCAAAUAUUGUCAGAAGAUGGAAGAACAAAUGAGCUGAUAGAGACUGUGAGAGCUGUGGCCAAGGGUGAAAACGACGUCGCAUCAAGCAUCACAAGUGGGUCGUCUGAGAUUGACUUGUCGGUGGUACAUGUCUAGAUUUUACAUCUUAUGGCAGAUUUGCUGACAGUUGCAUGUAUCUAAAUGUAUGUGGUUACUGGUUAAUGAGUUUACUUGGCAUGUAUUAACAGAAAAAAGUAAAG